AUGAAGGGCUAACAGAAACUCUAAUUGAUUCAGAUGGGAAGAAAAUUGUAAAAGGUGGAAAUCAUAAAAUUACCUUUAAGCCACUUUUAUAUAUAAAAACCUGUCAAUAACAAUUUAACGACAACUAAAAUAUAAAUAAAAAGUCAUUCAUCAGAUCCAGAAUGUGAAAUUCUAUAAUAAAAUGUUAAUUAGAAUACUGUAAAGCAAAUGAUGAGUAAAAGAAUUAAGAUUAAAAAAAUUAUACCAUAAAUUAGUAAUGAAUCAAAAUGUUGUAUUAUAUUCUGA